AUUCACGCAUUUGGUUUUGACUUAAGCCAAGUUAAGCAAUGGCGACUAUGGAAAUGGAAGUAAAACAAGAUUCAAAUAUUGAAACAAAUGGCCAAGACUCGAACAAUCAGACAGAUCAUACACUUCAAUGGGCAGAAUAUUAUGAUAAUCAAGCAAUUUCUGCUGAAAAUGAGGGACGUAUGGAAGAAGCAAAUUUAGCAAAACAAUGGGCCGAAUAUUAUAGAUCUCAAAUAACCGAACUUAAACCCUCUAAGGAUGGAAAUAAAACGAUUAGUAAAUCAACAGACACUUCAGAUGCAACUAACUGCGGCACUCAGGAUACAUCACCACCGGAAAAAGCCGAAGAAGAAUUGGCUAGCACAGCAAAGGAGAUAAAAACUUACUGGGCUAAAGUAAAAUCCGAUUUUAAAGAUUUCAAUUCCUGGACAUAUCUUUUACAACUGAUUGAAAAUGAAAACAAAGUUGAAGAAAUUAAAAAUGGCAUGGACAGCUUUUUAACCCACUACCCUUAUUGUUAUGGAUAUUGGAAAAAGUACGCUGACCUUAUUAAAAAUCACGAAGGAGCGGACGAGGUUGAGAAGAUCUUUGAAAAGGGCGUAAAAGCGAUUCCAUUAUCGGUUGAUUUAUGGAUACAUUAUUUAGAAUGGACAAUUAAGCAUAGAUUUAAGGACAGGAACAGUAAAAAUGAUGACGAUAUCAGAAACUUAUUCCUUAGAGCUAUUGAUACUUGUGGUUUGGAAUUUAAAUCAGAUCGACUAUGGCAAAUGGCACUUGAUUGGGAAAGUCAAAAGCGUAACUUAAGAAAUGUGCUAUCCCUUUAUGAUAAACUUAUAGCUAUUCCUACACAUCAGUAUACAGCUCAUUAUUUAUCCCUAGUUGAAAUAAUUCAAGGGUCAGAACCAGUUGAUAUUUUACCAGAAGAAGAUUAUAUAAAUUUCAAGAGAGAAAUUCAGGAAGAACGAAGAGAAGCUGUAAAAAUGGCGAAAUCUGCCACGCCUAAUGAAGAUGCUAUGAUAGCAGCAAACCUCAUUCCUGCUACAGCCGCUGAUACUCUUGGUAAAUGUACGGAAAAUAGUAUGGAUCCACAUGAUCUUCCUUUGCUAGCUGAAGAAGAAAAUAGACUGAUAAAAGAUAAAAUGCUUAGUUUAAGACAACCUAUUCAUGAAGCUACAACAAUUGAAGUGAACAAACGCUGGAAUUUCGAGGAAUCAAUAAAGCGACCAUAUUUUCAUGUCAAACCAAUAGAAAGAUCUCAACUAAGAAAUUGGCAUGAGUAUCUCGAUUAUGAAACGAAGCAGGAAAAUCAUACUAGAAUAGUUUUCCUUUAUGAAAGGUGUCUCAUUUCAUGCGCACUCUAUGAAGAAUUUUGGCUGAAAUAUGCAAAAUAUAUGACCGAUCAUUCUCAUAUUGAAGAGGCUAGAAGCAUUUAUGAAAGAGCGUGUAAUGUACAUUUACCGAUGAAAGUUAAUUUAGCUUUGAGUUGGUCACAUUUCGAAGAAAAUAUUUCAGGAAUGGAGAGCGCUAUUAAAAUUUUGGACCAGUUUGAAGCUCGACAUCCAGGAAUCAUAGCUGUAAUAGUACACCGAGUGGGAGUUUUAAGACGUUACAAUAAACUUGAAGAAUGUGAUAAGUUGUAUCAUUCAGCUGUAGAGUCCUCAGUAAAUUCUAAAGUUAAAAUAUUUUGGGCUGAAAAGUAUGCCAGAUUUUGUUAUAAAAUUUUGAAUAAUCUCGACAAGGCUAAGGCGGUUUUAGAAAAUGUUAGAAGAGUUGAAUCAUCUAAUUAUAAAUUAACUCAGUUCAUAAUUAACUUAUUAUAUACCGCACAAGACUUUGAAAACUUAUUUAAGUUCUUUGAUGAUUGCAUAAAUAGCUCCACUUUUACUGUUAAAGAGCGUUUGGAUUUCUCUCAAUCUAGAUUGGACUUUCUUGAUGAUUUAUCGUCUGAUGUUAAACAAAUUGAGGAAGCUAAACUUGCUCACUCACUGCUAAAGGAUGAAGAAAGAAAUAAUAAACGCAAACCAGACGACUACUCAGGUGACACAUCGUCAAAGCGCAAGAAAACAGAUCAAGAUUGGUAUAAUAACUACUCAGCUCAACAAUGGUACGGUCAACAGUGGAUGAAUUAUGGUAAUGGUAAUGGAUUUAGCACUAAAUGA